GACAACAAAUCUAUUACCUACUUGUAACCUAAACUAUAAUAAAGUUUUAUAUAUUACUUAGUACUAAGUACUGAUCUGAUAAAAUAAAUUGUAAAUUAAUAUUUAAAACUUAAUGUCUAGUAAAAAUGAAGAAUCAUCAAAACUGGAUGAAAACGGUAAUGAGAAGAAAGAAGCUUGGGGUUAUGAUUUGUAUCCAGAAAGACGAGGAACAUUUAAACCAACUAUUACUAACGUGUUGAUAGGUAAAGAGGGAAAAGAAGGUAUUGAAAAAAUCAAAUGUGAGAAGAAUGUGUAUAAUUGUAUAAAGGAAAGUCCUAUUGUAAAGGUGAUGCUGGCAGCACUCAAGAGCUCUGGUUGCCCUGUCGAUAUUAGACGGCAUAUCUCUUGUGAGGUGUGUGAUUAUUCUGUCAGUGGUGGUUACGACCCACAAUUAAAUCAGAUUGUGGUAUGUCAAAAUGUAUCAACACGUAAGGGUAUGGUACAAGGAGUCUUGACUCAUGAGAUGAUCCACAUGUUCGACUACUGCCGUAAUGAACUAGAUUUCAAGAAUAUGGAACACCUUGCGUGCACUGAAAUCAGAGCUGCCAACCUCACACAUUGUUCAUUUGCUAGUGCCUGGUCACAAGGUGAUGCAUCAUUGACAAAAAUUAAACAAGCUCAUCAGGAUUGUGUUAAAACAAAAGCACUAUACUCAGUCCUUGCUGUACGUCAGAUCGGUAAGGCAGAGGCUGUUGACGUCAUAGAAAAAGUAUUUCCAAAGUGUUACAAUGACCUGGAGCCCAUAGGAAGAAGAAUUAGGAGGAACUCAGAGGAUAUGGAACGUGCUUACCGAGAAGCGUCUUACUAUGGAUAUGAUUUGUAAAAAUAGGAACAUAAAGUAAUGUAGAUAUGUACAUAUUGCGAUUGGUUUUAUUGCAAUUUUAGGGUGAAAUAAUAAAAGAUAUUUUAAUUUAUUUAAA